CCCGAAGUCACGAGGCCACGGCCCCGUACCGUAUUGCCGUGUUUAGCUCUCCGGGUGCGGGGCCGGUGGCAAUGUGUUUACGAUGUCGUGACAUUCUUGUUAACAAUGAAUGAAUGCGUAGACAACUAGGAUGGCAUGGCUGGCGCUGGCAGCAGUACAUCAAAAUGCUCGAAUUAAAUACACAAAUAAGUUUUAGUUUUAAUUAUAUAUUAUUUAUAUAUAAAUUUUGGGCAGUUCAUAAUUAAUAUUUGCAACCAAAGUCUUCUCUUUUUUUUUUUUUGGGUAAGUGGCUAAGCAAAGGAAAGCUAAGCAAGCAAUUCUUCAACAGUCACUUCUGCUGGCUCUGGCUGCUAUUAUUGCUGAGUACCACUGCCACUGACACUGUUUCUACAUUUCGGGGCUGAGCCAUUUAUCUCUCUCUCUCUCCAUUUCCUUGAUUCUCUCUCUCUCUCUCUCUGCAAAGCUUCUUUUUCUGGGUAGAGUCUUUUGCUUGCAUGUGGAGUUGACAGAGCAGAGCAGGGAGCAGAGGCAGCUGAGGCAGCUUGAGGGGGGAAGUUGGGAGGAAGAAGGUGCACCUCUCGCAGGUUAUGGCAGGCCGGUCGGGCUGCUCCUCGACGGUGCCGUCGCUGCCGCCGCCAUGCCCGAGGUCGCCGCCGGAGUACCCCGACCUGUACGGGAAGCGCCGGGAGGCCGCCAGAGUCCAGAUGCUUGAGAGAGAAAUUCGUUUCCUUGAGGAGGAACUGAAAUCUGUCAACAGCCUUCAACCGGCUUCACGGUCAUGCAAAGAGGUCACGGACUUCGUCGUGGCAAAUUCGGAUCCUCUAAUACUGACAACUCAGAAAAAACGUAAAUCCCGUCGCUUUUGGAAAUGGCUCAGUGGAUGGUCCUGCUUUAGUUUCUCGUGGAUCUGCUGCUGCUGUUACUCCCUGUGCCCUCUCUCCUUAGAAACACCCUGCUGCUGCUGCGACUGUGGAUCCUGCUGUUCGUGCAAGUGCCCUCCAUGUUUCCAAUGUUCGAUACCUAAGCCACGGUGCUGCUCCUGCCCUCGUUGUUCCAAUUGCUGUAAAGGCAUGAAAGAUUGUUUCCAAAGUUGCUGCUGCUGUAGCUGCAGUUUCCGGUUUCCUUCAUGCCUGACUAGCAACUGCUGCAGAUGGAGAUGUUGUUGGCCUAAAUGCCCAAAGGUAAAGACCGACUGUUUCAGUUGUAAAGGAACGUGCUGUAGUUGUAACCUGUGCUAUACGUGCUACUAGUGGUUCGUAAUAAGAUGGUUGAUUCUAGUACGUCUUCUUAAUCCAUUAGAUUCCUUCGACGAUCUCAGAUUCUGUUGUAUAUAUGUAGAAGAUUACAUGUCAUUAGAUCCGUAAAUGGAAACUUUGUUUUGGCAAAGAUUGUCUUAUCAUCU